AUGUCGCCGAGAAGUGACAUUCCAAAUGCUUUCCCCCCUCCCCCGCGGGGGAUUUCAACAAACCCUCAGGCCAUCAUCAAAGUCUUCUCAAAUCUAUGGCUGCAUACUGGUCAUCUCGGCCAGGUGGACACCGAGGGAAACGGUCCCUUCGUCGGUCGAGUCAAGAAUGUGAUCUGGAGAAGAGGAGAGGAUGUAACUGUAUCAGAAAUCGAAGAAGAAUUCCCCCAUCAUCCAGAAGUCGCGAUUGCGGCUGCCUUUGCAAUCUCUUCAGAGCUCGGCUUACGUGCUGAGGACGACGUCAAAGUCUCAGUGAAGCUCCGUGAAGAGAGUUCCACAAUGAAGCUGACUUUGUUCGACUGGGCUAUGCGGAACGUGGCGAGAUUUCAAGUCCUCGUGCUACUGAUUUCGUCUCAGAGAUCAAGAAAACAACGACAGGGAAAUUGGCGAAAGAUGGCUCAAUGGGUGUAG